AUGAAGAGCAGUGCUACACCCUUUUUUCACUUGUGCCUUUCAGCCACUGACCGGCAAGAACAAAACCUGGAAACUUGGGCAAAAGCCUCGAUCCUGUGUAUGAAUCUUACCGCAUUUGUACAUAAACCUCCAUUUGAAAGAGUUGGCUUUUGGGGUUUUGCGCGUAACUCGAUGUGGUUCAACAGAUUGCUGGAAUCAACCCAUAGUACUCAAAUCCGGAAAUCAAAUCUCAAGUACCCGGUGGAUCUCAGACGUUCAGCCGAAUUGAAAUCUGGAACUUUGUAA